AUGCUGCAUGCUAAUGAAAUCCGAAACCUGGUGCGAUGUUCUAGACUCAUUUGGAGGCGAGAAGUGCGUCAAUUUUUGGAAUUACUUGAACGGUCUUCUAUCCCUUUAGUAAUAUUCUCGGCUGGAGUAACAAAUAUAAUAAAUGAGGCCAUAGGACAACUCAUUGGACACAUUCCUACCAAUAUAGCAGUCGCAGCCAAUGUUAUGUACUUCAGCAAGGAUGGCUAUGUUUCUGGCUUCACGAAUCCUCCCCUUCACUCGCUAUGUAAAAAUGUUUCCCGGUUGAGAGAACUAAUUGAUGAUUUGGACGAAAAGUACGCGGACAGAACGAACAUUCUUGUGGUUGGCGACUCGGAUAGUGACGCCAGCAUGGUGGACGAAUGGGAAGAGAAACGUUUGUUAAAAGUUGGGCUACAAGCUCAGGAGAGACCUCCACUGAAAUCUUUCGAUAUUGUCGUGAAAGGUUCCGACUGCAGCCGUUUGACGGAUAUUAUCACCGCUCGAUGCAAUACUAAUACGACCUCAUUUCUGUUUGCGGUCUCAUGCUCUUCGGGUGCUUAUCUUGUGAACGGUCAACCUAGAACGAGAUCAGGCCGGCCCCGGAUGCGUGCAUGGACUCGUCUGCGAUCAGAUCUUGUUACCCGAAAAAAAUUGCUCACCACAAAACCUCGUGAGAUUAGCAUAUCCCGUAGAGUGCUUGCUUCACUGCCAACCGCCCAACAGCUACAAGUGAUAGAAAUGCCAACAGCAGUUACAUUCCCGCUUCCGGUAGUCGAGGAGCACAGGAGAACUGUACCUGAGCAAAAUUUCGAUGUGAUUUUCAAUCGUCCUCAUAUAAUGAUGCGUGAUCGCGAAUCGGUCGAACGGAAGCUGAGGACCAUGAUCGGUGACGGCAAGCAGAAACUUAUGAUCAUCUCCGACUUUGAUUACACCUUGUCGAGAUUUGAAGACCCUGGCGGAGGACGAUGUUGGACGACUCAUGGCGUAUUCGAUAACUGUACGAAACAGUACGAUCCAGAAUUAGCUAACAAGUUCGAACACCUCAAGGAAAAGUAUUUUCCCAUAGAGUUUGAUCCGAAACUUUCUCUAGAACAAAAGAUUCCAUAUAUGGAGGAAUGGUGGAAAGCUUCUCAUGGUCAUAUUGUUUCGGCAAAAUUCGAUAAAUCUACCAUCGAAAGCUUUGUGCGCAACUCAAAAAUUGUGCUCAGAGAUCAAGCUGAAGCGAUGAUGCAAAGGCUGGACCAACUCGGUAUACCGCUAGUAGUUUUCUCAGCUGGUAUUGGCAAUAUCAUUGAGAUAUUCUUGCAACAAAAACUCGGCCAUAUGCCUCCAAACGUCCACAUCAUUUCCAACAUGAUGAACUUCAAUGAGAACGGCAUUGUGGUCUCCUUUUCGCAGCCCCUUAUCCACACAUUUUGUAAAAAUUCGUCCGUAAUCCGGAAGGAAGCGGAAUUUUUCCACGAAUUUAGAGGAAGAAAUAACGUUAUCUUACUCGGCGACAGCAUGGGUGAUAUACACAUGGAUGUGGGUGUGGAAAAAAAUGGAGCAACGCUAAAGAUAGGUUUUCUCAAUUCAGAUGUAGAUAACCUAUUAGAGCACUAUUUGGACGUGUACGAUGUAGUUUUGGUACGGGACCAAUCAAUGCAAAUUCCCGACGCCAUCGUACAAAUGAUCGCGGGUGACUACCUGAAAUGCUCCUAG